GCCCGCCGCCGUCCCGUGUGCUCUGUCCGUUACAUACGUGGGGGGGGAUGUGGCGCGGCGCCCGCCGUGCCCGAGGAGGGCGGAGGGGAGCGGACACCCGGCACCGCAGUGCCCGGGAAGGGCGGAGGGGAGCGGACACCCGGCACCGCCGUGCCCGGGAAGGGCGGAGGGGAGCGGAUACUCGAUACCGCCGUGCCCGGGGAGGGCGGAGGGGAGCGGAUACUCGAUACCGCCGUGCCUGGGGAGGGCGGAGGGGAGCGGAUACUCGAUACCGCCGUACCCGGGGAGGGCGGAGAGGAGCGAACAUCUGGCACCGCCGUGCCCGGGGAUGGGAUGGCUAAGGCGGACACCGGGCACCGCCGUGCUCGGGGAGGGCGGAGGGGAGCGGAUACUCGGUACCGCCGUGCCCGGGGAAGGCGGAGGGGAGCGAACAUCUGGCACCGCCGUGCCCGGGGAUGGGAUGGCUAAGGCGGACACCCGGCACCGCCGUGCCCGGGGAGGGCGGAGGGGAGCGGACACCCGGCACCGCCGCACGGCGCCGGCAGCGGCUUCCGGCGACGCGGCGGAAGUGACGCAUGUCGCUGAGCGAAAGGCGGGGUCGCAGCGUUCCAUUUCUCUUCCGGCCUGGGCGCCAUCGCAGCGGAGCCUCGAGAUGGGCAAGUUCAUGAAGCCGGGGAAGGUGGUGCUGGUGCUGGCCGGCCGCUACUCGGGGCGCAAGGCCGUCAUCGUGAAGAACAUUGACGAUGGCACCUCGGACCGGCCGUACAGCCACGCCUUGGUGGCCGGCAUCGACCGCUACCCGCGUAAGGUGACUGCUGCCAUGGGCAAGAAAAAGAUCGCUAAAAGGUCCAAGAUCAAGUCGUUCGUGAAGGUUUACAACUACAACCACCUGAUGCCCACCCGGUAUUCUGUGGAUAUUCCUCUGGAUAAAACAGUGGUCAAUAAGGAUGUGUUCAGGGACCCUGCUCUGAAACGCAAAGCAAGACGUGAAGCCAAGGUGAAAUUUGAGGAAAGGUACAAAACCGGCAAGAAUAAGUGGUUCUUCCAGAAGCUGCGAUUCUAAGGGUGUAACAAGGUUGCAUCAAUAAAUGUUUAUUAAAAACCA